CUGACCUGUAUCCCAUGAACCAACGAACGCACAACCGGGCGGUGUGCAUGCAGCUCCUCUGAAUCCGCUUUGAUCGUGGAUGACUCCGACUGCUGUCACUGCCACUGCCACCUACUGCUGCUGCCUUGGCUUGACCUCCUUGUUUUUUCUUUUUGUCCUGUUUUGCACGACCAGCAGGCUGUCAGGUGGCCUCGGCCCUUUAUUUGCCUCUUCACUUUGCCGAACUUCAGGGCGGUCUGCAGAUAGGGCUCGGCCUCUCUUUGGCCACGCCACCGCAUCGCUGCCUUCCAGGUUGCCAGGGCAUCGUACUUUGUACCAAAUUAUUUAAGAGCCAGCCUUUGCAACGCCCAUCGUCCCACUUCCCAUUUUUUGUUGAAAUGGUUGGUCCAACCCCAGGGUCGACCACGAUGAACAGCAUACUAGCCCUCGCGGGCACAUCGUUGCUGAAUGACAGUGCAUCUGCCGAAGACCUCGAACGGCGCAUCCCCGGCUUUUCGGUACUCCAAGACUUCUUCAAGAAAUGGCUCAGGAUCGACCUCACAACCCUCCUCACCGCUGCGGCGCUGAUGGGCGCGGCGUCAAGUGGUGCGCAAAGCAUUCAAGAGACGGGGUCCAAAUUAUAUUGGUGGAUCGUGCGCUUCCUGACGGCGUCUAUUUCCAUCGCCGGCAAUGAUCGCCUCAACCGCGAGGUGCUCAACUGGCUGGGCGCCCAUGUGCUCGCGAAGAAGGGGACACGCAUCCUGACGGCCAACUCGGAAACGAUCCGUAACGAUGCUUGGUCCUACCGCCGCGUGUCGCAAGAGCGUAACGACUUCCACCACGAGAAGCGGAUGCCGGUGCAGUACCUACCGACUUUUGGGACGACCUGGUUCAUCCACGGGCGCAACAUCUUUAUGGUGCGGCGUAUCCUCACGAGCAGCGCGCAUUACAACAGCUCGUGGGCUAGAACCCCCGACGAAUACGCCGGUGCGCCUGAGGGCGACGAGCCGCUCGUGGUUAUGUGCCUUGGUCGGUCGGUAGAGCCGAUUAAGCGCUUCCUCGACACAUGUCGCGUAUUCGCCGAUAAGCAGCGCGAGGCGUACAUCACCGUCCGGAUCAGCAAGCGGAGCUAUGACGAGUCGUGGGACACGACCAUCCUCCGCCCCCUCCGCCCGCUGGAGACGGUGCACUUUGACGAAAAAAUCAAGGAGGAGCUCGUCGCGGACAUCGGCAAUUACCUCGACGUUAACACGCGCAAGUUCUACAACAGGCGCGGAAUUCCCUAUCGGCGCGGGUUCCUCUUGUAUGGACCCCCUGGCACUGGUAAGACGUCACUCUCGCUCGCGCUAGCGGGCAGGUUCGGGCUAGAGCUAUAUUUGCUCCACAUGCCGGGUGUACACAACGAUUCGACCCUCGAGAAGCUCUUCACCGCUCUGCCGCCGCGUUGCCUGGUGCUUCUCGAAGACAUCGAUGCCGUCGGAGUCAAACGCCGUUCUCGGAACCACGACAGCGACGACAGCAACAGCGACUCCGACUCCGACAAGAGCGACUCCGAAAGCGACCUCGACCGAGGGCGGUCGAACUGCACUCUCUCGGGCCUCCUGAACGUGCUCGACGGAGUGGCCUCGCAGGAAGGCCGGAUCGUCUUGAUGACGUCCAACUUUGCCGAGAAGCUGGACAAGGCCCUCGUCCGACCAGGCCGGGUUGACAGGAUGCUGUACCUGGGACACAUCUCGCCGCGCAGUAGCGAGCUCAUGUUCCUGCGAAUGUUUGGUCCGGACGCGGAUGGCGCAGCCCCGGCGGACCGGAUGGUUCAGCUCCCUCGAGAGGAGCUCGAGAAAUUGGCUCUCAACUUCAGCAAGUGCAUCCCGGAUGAGGUGUUUACUCCGGCCCAAAUCCAAGGCUAUCUCUUGAAUUACCGGGACUCGCCCGUGGAUGCAGCGGCCAAGGCUGCGGAAUGGGUGCGAGAGGAAGUCCAGUUGAUCGAAGCGGCCAAAGAAAAGGAGAAGAAAGCAGCCGAGUCGAAGAAGAAGAAGAGAAAGCUGCAGAAGCAGAAACGGGCAGAGAGGAUGGUCAGGGCGAUGCGGGACUACGACUCGGAUGAGGACCUAGAAGAACUGCGCCAAAGGAUGAAGGAGGAGAAGAAACAAAAGAAUAAGAAAAAGGGCCAGCAAGUCGACACGGAUACAGAGGAGAAAGCGGAAGACAAGGAAAGGCCAGAAGAGAAGACGGAGGAACCGAUGGUGGGGGCAGAGGAGAAGCUUGAGGAAAAGCGUGAAGAGAAAGCCGAGGGUAAGCCUGAAGAGAAGCUUGAGGAGAAGGCCGAGGAGAAGCCUGAGGAGACGGCCGAGGACAAGCCGGAGAAGAAGGAUGAGAAGUCCGAGGCGAAGCCUGAGGAGAAGGCUGAGGAUAAACCCGAAGCCAAGCCGGAAGAGAAACCAGCGGAAAAGCCGGAGGAAACGCUGGAGAUGUUGAAGGAGGACCCAUACCCUCCGGAAAACUACUCAUUAAAGAGCAUAAAGAGCAUAAACAGCAUUUUAGGGGAAGCAGACUACUAAGGAUAAAUAGCAUUGCAGCGGCUAGCAUUUGGGCGUUAUGGAGACGGUAGUUAGGGUAUCAACCACGGAUGACGUAGGUAGAUUGGGUGUGGCCUUUUGCUUAAGGAGGUAGGUAGUUUAGGUACAUGGAUUAGAAGAGGCGUAACAACGGUUUCCCGGGAAAUUUCCACUGGGAUGAUAAUUACCUACCUAGGCACCUGAGCUCUGCUUUAAAAUUGAAGUGGUGUAAGAAGUUAGGUAUGGAGCCAAGCAACACCAUCAAGGACAGCGGGGAUCUGGCAGGCAUAGUAGCUGUUCCGUAUCUUCCCGUCACGUCAUGGCAUGUCCGGAGUGUGGAAACUCUCGGGUCUGAG